CACCAAGCCCCAAUUUUCGAUUGCGAAGCUUCAUACUCAGUAAAGCUCUCUCUCUCUCUCUCCUCUUACCUUCGCUUUCGAUCUCUUUCGUUCUCGUUCUACAUUGCAAUCGUCGACAAUGGCGCCCGAGAUCGUCGGAAAAGCUGCGGCGGUGGCGAAGGCAGUGGCGAAGGCGAAGGCUAAGAACGCAUACGUGACGUUCCUCGCCGGGGACGGAGACUACGUGAAGGGGGUGGUGGGGCUCGCGAAGGGGCUGAGGAAGGUGGGAUCGGCGUACCCCCUCGUCGUCGCCGUGCUCCCCGACGUCCCCGAGAGCCACCGCCGCCUCCUCCGCUCCCAGGGGUGCAUCGUCCGCGAGAUCGAGCCCGUGUACCCCCCCGAGAACCAAACCCAGUUCGCCAUGGCUUACUACGUCAUCAACUACUCCAAGCUCCGCAUCUGGGAGUUCGUGGAGUACAAGAAGAUGAUCUACCUCGACGCCGAUAUCCAAGUGUACGACAACGUCGACCACCUCUUCGACCGCCCGGACGGGUUCUUCUACGCGGUGAUGGACUGCUUCUGCGAGAAAACGUGGAGCCACACCCCGCAAUACAAGAUCGGGUAUUGCCAACAGUGCCCCGACAAGGUGAAGUGGCCCGAGCACGAGCUCGGGAUGUUCGUCUCCGAGCCGAGCCUCGCCACCGCGAAAUCUCUCCUCGAAACCCUAGAAAUCACCCCUCCGACACCCUUCGCCGAGCAAGAUUUUCUCAACAUGUUCUUCAAGGAUAUUUACAAGCCGAUCCCGCUCGUGUACAAUUUGGUGCUCGCUAUGCUGUGGAGGCACCCGGAUAACGUGGAACUGGAUAAGGUGAAGGUCGUCCACUAUUGCGCUGCGGGAUCAAAGCCGUGGAGGUACACAGGGAAGGAAGCGAACAUGGACAGGGAGGAUAUAAAGAUGCUGGUGAAGAAGUGGUGGGACAUAUACAACGACGAGUCGCUCGACUACAAAGGCCCCGCCGUGGCGGCAGUGGAUGCAAUUUCUGUGGCCGUAGAAGCAGAGCCGGAGCCUAACGCGCUCCAGAAGCCGUUCCUCGCCGCGCUUUCGGAGGCUGGAAAGGUCCAGUACAUCACGGCCCCCUCUGCGGCGUGACCGCGCUUGCGCCGGAGUUAUGUAGUGUGGUCUAGAGAAGAGGGAGUGCUGAGGAGGCCCUGAGUCGUGAUCUCGUGCUUUCAGCGGGGCCGUGGGGCUUUUCUAUUCGCUCUCUUUUGCUUUACUAAUUUGGUUUGUAAAAAUAAUAUAAUGAUGUUGUUGCCGGAGUUUGGAAUGUUAUGUGAAUAUUCUGCGUCUACUCAUAGCUGUCGAUGUAAUUUGGACUCCGUGAAAAAUGAAAAAAAGGAAAAUAGUAUUAUUCGCUGUCAGAUUAUGUUUUAUUUGAGAUUGAGAAAUAUUUAUCGUGUGGUCGGUGUCAGCUUGUAAUUAAUGUUGAUAUGUGAAAUGAUAGUAACGUGUAAGUUCUAGACUACUCUUUUA